GCCCUGAAGAUCUUAUGACUUUUGUAAACAAUAACAAGGCAAAAACUACCUGAGGAAGAAGUCGGAUUUAUCCAGCAGCGAUGAACGCCGUGAUAGCGCUGUGCCAUUUUUGUGAGGCGCACGGUCCCUGCGCCAUUUUCUGCACCCAAACGCUAAGGGACACAAAGCUGGAGGAUUUAUCCAUGGAUCAGCAGCAGAUCCAGAAAUCCUGCUCCGCCUGCAAUUACUCGAUGGGCAAGAAUAACAAUGCCAUCUACAGCAGGGACACAGAAAGCGGAGCCACAUUUGUGAGCACCAAGGUGGCUGUCCUGCCGGAAGUGGCGAGUUUGGUAAAACAAGCAGCGGUUUUGAGUUUGAGCAAUGGAACGGAUCCCAGCAAGGAUGGCGAGUUUGUAUUCUUCGGUGAUUCGUCCAGGGGUCAUAUCCUAAGUCACACGUUCCGAGUGAGUGACCUGCAGGCACGUGGCUACUCGCAGCUCUUCUCCAUCAUAGUCCUCAUGAAGGACAAGUACUUCCUGCUGAACAUCAAACCCUUUUUGGCGGAGCACUUGAAGAAGGUCUCGUCGGAGCUGCAGGCGGCUGCCAGGAAGACCAAAGAGACAGAGGAACUCACCUACUCCGAAAGGCAGAGGCGUCUAUCCGGCGCCCAGUUCCUGAUGCCCACCUCGCGCUCUCUGCUGGAACUCACAGGCGAGGAGCAUAUCUUCGCCCAGCUGCACUCGCACUUCUCGUGGCUCCUGCUGGCCGGUUCCCGCUUUCUUACCGAGCACGUAACCUUUGGCAACCUUCCCUGGCUACCGCCACAAAGUAGUGGCCGUCCUCCCGCCCAGCGACUCACAUACAACAGCUCCACGUUGCCCAUGAUCGAAAGCAUCGAUGAUCCCGAUCUGGAAGAGUUCUUUUCACUGCGUCAUCUCAAGAGUGUGGUGCGCAAGGAGGAGUUCGCCACCGUGUGCUAUUGCGCUCUGACUGGCGUGAAGAUCGUGGUUCGUGGAGAUCCGAGAAAAACGUUUCGGUUCAUGGUCUGCCUAAAGAAACUCCUACCUGAGCCCAUGCACAACUUGAUGAGAAUCGAUGCCCAGCACCAGCACUCCAUCAGCUCCGAGUACAAGAUCAUAUCCGUGUCCAAUGACAUAGCCGUUCCGAUGGCCAGUAGCUCUGUAUUUCGAAUCGACUUCUUGGACAAACACGUCAACGGACACGAGGUGUCGGUCAAAUGGCCGGGAGAACUGCCCAGAAAAUUGCCAGAUCUUAUGGUUAAACUUCUAAAAGCCGUGGAGGAGAAAAACUUCACAGAACUGGUGCUCAACAAGCAAACCAAGGUGCUCAUCGAAGAAUGGAAAAACAAAGUGACCUGCCUUAACCACGCCAAAUCCACCAGCGUCCAGGGCAAACUAAAGAAGGUGCUUGGAGUACAGCCGCACGAUCAGCCGGUUAUCAACUACUGGAGCACGCACCUCCACUAG